ACACGUGCACAAAGUAAAUGUCGGGAAAAAAAGCAUACACAGACGAACACAAACAUGAACACUUGACAGACAGCUUCUCACAAACAAGUGUCCCACUCACACACGCCCAUUUGCAUUCUGAGUCCGCUCCCUGCAUUCUCCAAUAAGCGCAAGAGCACCCCACCCACACCUGUACAACAAAUCCGCUCACAUGGUUGGCAACGAACGAAAGCCCACUCAAAAAGCACUAGCGCCUGACCACACGCACACAUAAUCACAUGGACACUCUCCUCAAGAAGCAGCAAAGGAGAGAAAACGUGUCACGUGUGUCGCUCACCCAGCUGUGCUUCCUUCCCCUCCUGCGUUAGCUAUCUAUCCCUUUCUCUGCCUUGCUGUCGGCGGCGGCGGCAUCUGGUUGGUGUCUGCGGGCAUCUUGCUCACUGGAACGCAUACAUUGCCUGUACGCACCAACACACGCACACCGAGAAAGAGAGCGACAAACAAACGGUAUGUCCCCUGCCUGUUGUCUUGUGUCCUCCCCAGCUGUUCCAAUCAGCCCGUACCUUUCUUAUCCUUGUCCGGCAGCACCACCGUCGGCUGUACGUCCACACAAUCAGUAUGUGGCCUGUUGUCUUGUGUCCUCCCUAGGUGUGCUGCAAUCAAGCACGUACCUUGUCCGGCACCAAGUUGUACACCGCCGACUUGAAACCCUCCGGACCCUCGGCGGCGAGUUCAAAGACACGCGCCACCCUGAUCGUCGAGUCCUCUUCGAGCGCCUUGAUCUUCGCCUUUUUGUUCGCGUCGUCCCCGAAGUCCCCGUUCUCGAUCUCCUCGCGCCAGUGGUUCUUCGCCCACGCUUUCCGUUUGUUGGUCAGAGGGUACGUCGUCAAAGGGGGACUCCAAUCGAAGCCAUAUUGAAAGAAAUGCGCAAACGCCCACAUUCCCUUCUCG